ACUAGUUUGAUCCUCAGCUUGCCCAAUGUGGAAGAGAUGGUAUUUUAUGGUCAGGAAGCUUGAGAGCGACAGAGGAAUAGCUUUUUACAUCUUCAUCUAAUGGACAAUAGGAAAGUUAGGACAAUUUAAGCACAGAAACCUUUGCUUAAAGCAAAAAAGCUCAAUAAAAUUAAAUAUAUCUUUUUAAUAAUCUUUCUUAAAACUUUCAAUUCGUUUAAAAAAAAAACACAUUUUAAUUAUUCACCCCUAUGACAUUUUGUGCCAUCACACCUGUUAUUUUUAAAAGCUUCAGUUACGGUUGGAUGCUCAAAAAGCUCAAAAUAGAUACAAACCAACCAAACAAAAACGUUUUAAAGAGAAAUUAAAACAAUUAACAUUCAAUUUUCACUCUCAAAAUAAUUGUUCGAAUUUCGAUCGUUUCGAGGUCGGGAGAGCUUUGAAAGCUCGCCUCGUGACCCGAAUAAAAUCAUUACUAGACGUAGAUGGCAGCAGCUGCGACUGCAUUUCAGGUGUUCAACCCCCUUUUCGACGAACGAACAACAGUCAGUGCGGGGAAACGUCAAAAUACGGUUCAGCUGAUUUAAAUCGAGCGCAAAUGUGAGUUCUUUUAUUUUGUUUCUUCGAGAAGAUGUCAUCGUCCGGACAGGCGGUCGUUUGUGAGGAGAUUUUUGAUGAAGCUAGUCACCCUUCAGUUGAAGAAAUUAUUGAAUAUGCUGCGAAAUUAGGGAUUGAUCCGAAUAAUGAGCCGCAACUCCUUCCACUUGCCGCUGAGGGGUUGAUGAAAGCUUUACCACCUGGAUGGAAACCUUGUUACGAUGAUAAAAAGAAAUCUUAUUAUUAUUACAAUAAUUUAUCUGGGAAAACUCAAUGGGAACAUCCUUUAGAUGAGAUUUAUAGGGGAAUUGUUGUUAAAAAGCGAGCUGAGAGUCAAUCAUUAAGUUUAGGUGAACCGACCGAAGAUGCAACCUAUACAAGAGACGAAUUACCGAGUUAUGAAGAAUCCCCACAUCCGCCAAAAACUUUAGAACCGCUUAGUUUGGGUGCGAGAAAAAAAGAUUUAAAACUUUCCCCAUUGUCAUCAAAAUUAUCUCCAAGCGGGCGAUUAACGGAUCCUUUUUACCCAAAGCUUCAAAAACAGAAAUCAGAAGAUAAAAUUGGGAAUCCUUUGACCUUAAGAAAAGCAAGCAUUCAUAAGUUUAACAGCUUUGAUAUGAUUGAUAAUAAGAAGGAUGAAUUUAAAUUAACGGGGGGUGGGAGCAUGUUUUUAAAAUCAAAUACGAUGAAUAAAGAGAACUCAAAUUCGCUCCAAAUUAAAGACACUUUAUCGCCAGAUGUGAAUUCGCAACCAAAAAGUAUUUUAAGAGAACGCGGUAUUGAAACUUCGAGAAGUAUGGAGUUUCCAAAAAGCGAUAAAUCAGAUAAAGAUGACGACGAUAAAAAAAGCGUUCGAUUUAAUUUAGAUCGCACACCGGAUAUUACAUUUGAUUUUUCGGAUAAUAGCGGAAGUGACAACGAGUUAAAACAAAUCAAAAACGAAGUUAAAGACAUUAUAAACGUAAGUAUCAACGCGAAACCGGCCAAAUCAAGAUUUACCGUCUCACCCGUACAAGACAUCCUUAAAAAAGAAGAACCCAAAAAUAAUUUAAAAUUAAUCAAACCUCACCCAAAAGAUUUUAUCAAGCCCGUUCUACAUUCGUCCGACGAAGAAGAUACUUCAUCAAACUCGCGAGAGAAAGAUACGAAAUCUUUAGAAAACGCCGAAUUAAAUAAAGGUACAACGAGAAACAUUACAAAAGAAAAACGGGAAGUUGAAAAAACGAUCGAGAAUCAGAUCGAAGAGUAUCGAAAAAAAAUUUGGGAAGAGAAAAACGAAGAACUUCAAAAAUAUAAAGCCCAAAUCCAACAAAGUCAAAAAUCGGAAUUAGAACGCAUUUUAACAGUCGAAAAGGAAAGUUAUGAGAUUAACACGAAAAAGGAAAUUGAAAAUUUAAAAAAAGAAAUGGAAAAUAAACAAAUCGUCGCUUUAAAUUCGGAGAGAUUAAAAUUGGAGGAACAGUUAAAAGAAAAAAUUAACCAGCUAGAAGGCAACUACAAAAAGCAAGAAGAAGAAGUCGAAGAAAAAGUUUUAGAAGAAUUUAAUUUAAGGAAAAAUAAAUUAGAAAGCGAUUUAAACGAAAAAAUCGAACAUUUAGAAAGAGAUUUAAACGCUUUAUUAGAAAAACAUAAAGAUGAACUAACAGUUUCGCACAACGCAAUUUUACACGAAAUUAAACAAAAACAUGAAAAGGUUAUUGAAGAAAUGAAAAAGGAUUUCGCAAUUGAAGAGUCAAUUAUUAGAAAAGAACACCAAGCUCAAUUAACCGAAUUAAGAAGAAAAACCGCAGCUGAUUACGAAAACGUCUCAAAUAAAUCAAAAGAUAGCAGUGAUGAAAAAAUGUACGAAAAAAUCCGUUGCGAAAAACGACUUUUAGAAGAUAAAUAUAGAUGUUUAAAAGAAAAAUAUUUGCGUUUAAAAACGGAGGUGAAAUUAACGAUUGAAAAAAGGAAUAAGCGCAGAGAACAAAGUAUAACAACAACCGGCUCUGAAACAGAAAGAAGUAAUUCGUUAAAUAAAGAAAGAUCACCAAUGCAUUCCCCAUCUUCAGGUCGAAGAAGUACCGAUAAACCGCCAACCCCGAAACACCUAAAAUCGCACGAUAAAAUUAAACCGGAACACAAACCAACUCGACAAUUAAUAAUUCAAGAUAUGGAUACGUCAAUGAGCGAUCAUAGUUAUAAAAAUGAAGAGCACGAUUCUUCGGAUUCGAACACGAAUCCGGGUAGGAGUCGCAAAAAAUUGUUUUCUCGCUUGAAGAGUUCUUCGACGUCGCGGGUUCCCAGUGGGAAAUCGCGAAAAUCGCAACGGUCGUGUUCGCCGGUGGAGAAUCUUAGGCGCCAGUUGCAGAAAUUGGAGGAUCUCGAAGACCAGUUUCCGCAAAACACGGGUAGUGACACUUAUCAUUUACGAUACCCGUUUACCGACGAUCAGAAAUUUGAAGGUAGUACCGAGCUGGAGUUUUUUAGGCACCGCAUCCACUUAGAAAGGGACUCUAUAAAACGGGCCAAAGAAGGUUUGAGAUCGCAAAAAAGUUUGUUUCAACAGCGACAGAAGGAUCUUAAAUUAAAACAUGGUAGUAUGGCCCGUAAUACACUUCAACAAUUAUGUCAGGAAGAAAAAGAAUUAACUGAUAUGGAAGUCUCUCUGCAUCGCACUAGAAGCUUACUAGGUGAAAAAAUAAUCAGAUUAAGACACUUAGAGCAAUCGUUACAAAGAGCAUCGGUUACUGAUGAUCAAAGUAAAGCCGAAGAUGUGACUUUAAGUGAUUUAUCUUCGCAUAGUGCUAGUUCUGGGAUCAGUUCGACCGAAUUCGCGAUGGCCGACGCUUCAACAAAUAGACCAACGUCGUUUAGAUACGAAAAUUUUCAAGAAUCAUCGGAAAUCAUACAAAGUUUAGAAAAUUUAAACUCUGAAAUAAGGGAAAUUUGGGAAGUAUUACAUAAACAACAGCAAUCCGGAAAUAUAAAUCAAGGAUCAGCACCACCGGUUCCAGCGCCACCAUCAAUUCCAACGUUAGCUGAUCGUCUUCAUAAUUAUCGGCAGCACGUUGCUUUGGCAAACGCUCAAAGUACGAUGGUGACGCAUGCAACUCAAGGAGCAACAACCACUUUGGUGGAGAGAACGAGGAAUUUAAGACAUUGGUUAAGACAAACUGGAAUGGACUCGAGCAGUGACAACAAUCCACCGCAAGCAACGCUUUAAUAAGUUUAAUUUAUUACUAAUUCUUAUUGAAAAUAUUUAAAAUAAGUACUUAUUUAUUGAGGAAUGUUGAAAGAACUGAUAUUAUAAUGGGAUAUUGUUAGAUAGUUCUUAAAAAAUAAAAUUAUUAAAAUAAUCCUCUAAAAAAAUCUAAAGAUGAGAUGAAUAAUAUUAAUAAUAUCAAGAUUAGGCUUUUAAAUUCUAUAAAAAGAUAUACAAAUUUGGAGGUAGAUCGUACGAAAAUAAUUUAAUCAAAGUUGAAGCCAAGUUUAUUCUUCUCUAAGAAAACUAUACUAAAACAACUAUUUAAAAAAAAACUAAAAGUCUGAUCUUUAGAUAUGUCAGCCACUUAACAAGAUGAUUAGGUGAUGAUACAGGUACUAUUUGUACGUAAUUUUUACCUAUUCUUAUUUAAUUUUUGUUUUAAAUAUAGUUUAUAAAAAAAAAUAAAUAACAAAGAAAUUAAGAAGCUAAAAAUAGCCAUUUCAUAUAGGGUGAGCCAGAAUAUACCGUACUGUUCACCGGGAAUUCGCCGAAACACUAUUCAGGAAAAAAAUUUUAAUCUAGCGUUGAAUAACAUCUAAAACUAGAG